AUGAGCCAACAGCAACAUCCGCAGGAGCUGCUGGAAGACGAGCAAACGACAAGGAAUUGGCAGCCGUUGGCCGUUCAGCAGGCGGGCAGUUGCGGCAGUUUAACGGCCAUCGGACUUCAUCAGAACACGCCUAAUCGCCAUCAACAGCAGCCUCUUAAAUCUAGUCAACGUCUUCUAGGCCAGCAGGACUUCAUUGCGACAGCAGCCGCGUCGUGUAGGAUAUCACCUGCGGCCGGUGGAGUCGGUAACAGCAACGCACCUGGCGCCACCGAAUGCUGGACACCGUUGAACGACACAGCUUCCAACAGUUCCUCUUCUUCCGGCUGGAGGCAUUUAGCUUCAAGUCCGCCGAGGAGGUCUCAACAGCAUCAUCAAGAAGCCGUGACCAACAGUAUGUCCAGCAGACGACUCAGCCCGCAUUGCUGGUCCAGUGAAAAUCUGUUGAAUCAAGACCUUCAUCCAGCGAAUCGGUGGACGUCGUCAUCAGAUCCGCUCUCGUCGCAUUACAUCCAUCACCCGUCGUCUGCUGGAUCGACGGGCGUCGAGUCGGACAGGGAACCUUUUAUUCCACCUCCACCUUUGCUGGAUUUUGAAACGGCCAAUUUGCUGCCUCCGUUGGGCAUUGACGUCAGCUCGCCGUCGGAUGACCACCAUUUUAUCAGCACGUCGAAGGGAAGGCAGAGAGGAAACGGUGGCGACGCUGGGGUCAAUUGGGUUCAAAUACCUCCGCAAUACGCAACGCUCCGGGGUCGUCCAUCGCGCAACGGAAACGGAAGCGCGGCCGACGGUUAUUCGUUGACGGCCGUCCGUAAGCCGCGAGGUAACAAUAAUUUACAUCACCCACCUUCGUCCACGUCAUCCGGCUGGAUGGAUGUCGAUCACGAUUCUUCCGUGUCGAGUAACAGUGGCGGGGCGUGUCAUCGGACGUCCAUCGGAUCGGACGGAAUCAGCCGCAAGUGCACCUGCGGACAGAAAAUGAGGCUGCAACAAGGACACAACAAUUCGUCACUUUAUCCGGAAAUGUCGUCCGCAAUGGGUGGCGGUCACAUCCGCUCUGAAGACGGAUUGGCCGGCAUAGCCACGCUGAGGAGGCCAGUCAAACGUAAAGUGAGAAAUCCAUUGCCCGGCAGUGGUCAAUUGCCACCAGCUGGAGUGAGCAAUUCCAACAAUGGCAACUCUGCAACGCCAUCCGCAACUAGCCUCCUCCAACAGCCGAAGAUGGAGACGUCCGUCUUGCUGGACAAGUUACUAAGAGCCGGAGCUUUACGGCCGGAAGAUUACCUCGUCCUGUCCAGAAUGGAGCCAGCACCGAUCGCCAACAGAAUCCCCUGCAAACAACAACAACAACAACAGAUCGUUUCUCCAGCCGAAAGUGGGACGGACAUGCGUCGAGAAUUCGAUUUCGGAUCUAAACAACUCAAUUCCAUCGGUUUGCCCGUCUCUAACCAGCCCCAAGUGGCUUCUAAUGAGAAUCUGUACGAUUCGGCGUCCGGUCCGUCGUCAAUGGCCCAGCAACAAUAUCAGCGUCGAUUGUCUGCAGGUAAUAACGGACUGGAUGUCACAGCAGGACAGUUGCGGAUGCAACAACAGUUGCCCAGCAACCGACCCUCUCCCAGUCCGUCAUCUCCGUUCGAUUAUUACAAUAGCAGUUUGGCCAGCUAUUCGAGUAAUCCAGUUACAGGCAGAGGCUCGUCGCUGGGCAGUGCUAACGGAGACCAUUCGUUAGCGCAGCCACAGCAACAGCUACCUAGCCGGAACAGUUCGGGCAAUGCGGACGGACUUUAUUCGAUGGCUCAAAGUGGACCGUAUCAGCCUCUGGCAAGUUUGCCGACAGCCGGCCGAUGUUGCCCGUGUUGCGGCUCGCCGUCCCAUCCGCAGCUUCAACAUCAUCACCAUCAUCAUCACCACAUCCAUCACACUUGUUCGUUGUGCGGAGGCGGACCGCAUUUGGCCAGCGGGCCCGCGUCCGUGCCAGUUUCUUCUUCCAACAGUUAUUCCGGCUAUGCUGGAAAUUCAGGUAAGAUGAUGAUCCAGCAACAACAACCGGCCGCCGCUUCGUCAGGAUACGGAUUCGCAACAUCCACGGCUCCGUCAUUUCUCCGCGUCUACCGGAAUCGAGCAGCAAUUCGCUGGAAAUAA